AUCGGUUCGCCAGUUUAGCCUGUAGUAAUAGCCUGUGGAAAACAUUUGCCACUUCUCAACUGAUUGCGAUGACCCGACGUCAUUUUUUUGGGGGUGAAUUCAGUUUGAUUCUUUAGUUUAAUUCUUUUCCCCCAGUUAAACCUCAGUUUUAUUCCUAGGCUCGCCAACUUACUUAAUUAGCUAGGUGUAUAGUAUUUAUGGUCGAGGUGUUGCAAGCUAACGUUAGCUUGCCUGCCAUCUAGGCUAGCUAAAUUUUCAUUGCGGACCGCGAACGUGAACAAGACAUAAGAAGAAACAGCUGUGUGAUCCAUUUUGUGUUUUAAAUCUAAAGAUGAAGGUGACGGUGGAUUUCGAAGAAUGUCUGAAAGAUUCUCCUCGGUUCAGGGCCACGAUAGAGGAAGUGGAGGGUGAUGUUUGCGAGCUAGAGUCCAAGCUGGACAAGCUGGUGAAGCUGUGUAUCGGCAUGAUAGACGCUGGGAAGGCGUACAACGCGGCCAACAAGCAGUUCGUAAACGGAAUCCGCGAGUUGGCUCAGCAGUCCCCCAAAGACGAGGUCAUCGAGUCCAGUUUGACGAAGUUUGCAGAGAGCCUCCAGGAGAUGAUAAACUAUCACUCAAUCUUAUUUGAUCAAGCCCAGAGAUCGAUCAAGUCACAACUUCAAACAUUUAUGAAGGAGGACCUGCGCAAGUUCAAGGAGUCAAAGAAGCAGUUUGACAAGGUGAGCGAGGAGAAGGAGGCGGCGCUGGCAAAGAACGCCCAGGCACCACGCAACAAGCAGCACGAGGUGGAGGAGGCCACCAACAUCCUGACGGCCACGCGCAAGUGCUUCCGUCACAUUGUCCUGGACUACGUGCUGCAGAUCAAUGUCCUGCAAUCCAAGAGAAGAUCUGAAAUCCUCAAAUCGAUGCUGUCCUUCAUGUACGCCCACCUGACCUUCUUCCACCAAGGAUAUGACCUGUUCAGCGAGCUGCAGCCGCUUAUGAAGCAGCUCGGCGGCCAGCUGGACCAGCUGGUGGUUGAUGCCGCCAAGGAGAAGCGAGACAUGGAAAUGAAGCACUCCACCAUCCAGCAGAAGGCAGCACUGCAGGAGGUGACAGAGUGUGACACGUUGCCCGAUGUCCGCUGCUUUUGUGCGUGGAGGUCCACUUCUGACUUCUCGAAUGACGACACCAAGCUGGAGUACAAUGUGGAUGCAGACAAUGGAAUUGCCAUGGAGGGGUACUUGUUCAAGAGGGCCAGCAAUGCCUUCAAAACAUGGAACAGGCGGUGGUUCUCCAUUCAAAACAAUCAGCUAGUUUAUCAGAAAAAAUUCAAGGACCAACCCACGGUGGUGGUGGACGACCUGCGGCUGUGCACGGUCAAGCACUGCGAGGACAUCGAGCGGCGUUUCUGCUUCGAGGUUGUGUCCCCCACCAAGAGCUGCAUGAUGCAGGCGGACUCAGAGAAGCUCAGGCAGGCCUGGAUCAAAGCUGUCCAGAACAGCAUCGCCACAGCCUUCCGGGAGAAAGGGGAGGACGCGGAGAAGCUGGACAGGAAGUCGUCCACGUCGACGGGCAGCCUGGACUCCGGCAGCGAGGCAAAGGAGAAGUCGCUGAAGGGGGACAGCGCGCUGCAGCAGGUGCAGGCCAUCGCAGGGAACGGCAGCUGCUGUGACUGCGGCCUGGCCGACCCCCGCUGGGCCAGCAUCAACCUGGGGAUCACGCUGUGCAUCGAGUGCUCCGGCAUCCACAGGAGUCUGGGCGUGCACUUCUCCAAGGUCAGAUCCCUGACGCUGGACACGUGGGAGCCGGAGCUGCUGAAGCUGAUGUGUGAGCUGGGGAACGGAGUCAUAAACCAAAUAUACGAAGCCCGUCAAGAGGAACUAGGAGUCAGGAAGCCACAGCCUGGAGACCCAAGACAAGAGAUUGAGGCCUACAUCAGAGCUAAGUAUGUUGACAAGAAGUUUGUCCGGGUGCCAACAGUCGCAGAGCAAAGGACAAAGGUCAUAGCCUUGAGCAAGCAAGAGAAGAGGCUGAGCAGCAGUUCGGAGCACCUACCCCCAAGACCACCCCCUCCCACGCCCAAACUGCGGCCCGUUUCCAACAUUUCUGCGGCAGCCGGCCGGGAGGAGGCUCGUCGAGAGUCUCUCUUCUGUCCCGAUGAGCUUGACUCACUCUUCUCCUACUUUGACAACUCUUCAAAGCUGCGGAGUAAAAAGAGUGCAGACAGCGGCAUCCAGAACAGCGCAGAUGGGAGCAGGGAGAUGCUGGCCACCACGCCCUCCACCAACAGCUUGUGUGAAGCAGAGCCCUCAGAGUCGACUUUGCCAGUGUUCCAUCCCAAGAGUGACUCCACAGUGUUCUCUGAGCCCAAAGAGUACUCCCCUGGCCUGCAGCUGUUCUGGGCAUCCUACGCCCGCAGCCUGCCCGAUAUGGCCGAGGCACUGGCCCACGGUGCGGAGGUCAACUGGGUCAACACAGAGGACGACAAUAAGACGCCCUUAAUCAUGGCCGUGCAGGGGGGCUCCCUGGUCACAUGUGAGUUUCUGCUCCAAAACUCGGCCAAUGUGAACCAGCAGGACAUCCACGGCAGAGGCCCCCUGCACCACGCCACCAUCCUGGGCCACACCGGACAAGUGUGUUUAUUCCUGAAGAGGGGGGCCAGUCAGAAUGCGGUUGAUGUCGAUGAGAAAAGCCCUCUAUCAAUCGCCGUUGAGGCUGCCAAUGCAGACAUUGUCACUCUAUUGCGCUUGGCCAAGAUGAACGAGGAGAUGCGGGAAGCAGAGGGACCCUAUGGCCAGACAGGAGACGAGACCUAUCAAGAUAUUUUCCGAGAUUUCUCCCAGAUGGCGUCAAACGACCCAGACAAGCUGAACCGGUUCCAGCCGUAUGAUGCUCAGAAGCUGUGAGAAAGGGCACCGGCCCUGGACUUGGCAGCGGACCGAGAGAGGUCUGGCGGGCGCCAAGCAGAUGCUGUGCUGUCUACCUGUCCAGGCAAAGGCUGCCGUGGAGUGAGCAUCAUCACAGCACUGGCCCCAGUACCUUUGACUAUGCUCCUCUGAGAGGACAAGACUAGUCAUAAUGUGCUUUUAAUAAAUUAUUUUUGAUCGAUUUUAAUAGU